GCAUGCAUGUCCAUGCAUUCAUUGAGAUUGCACAACGGCCACCACACAUAAACAACCAAAGACCACAGCCCACACACAACACUGAACACGACUGGACAAUGGCGAAGAAGGGCAAGGGCAACGCAGGGGCCGCCGCUGCCGCUGCUGCUGCUGCCAAGAAGACAAAGAAGAGCAGUAGCAGCAGCAUCGGUGGAAGGAAGAAGGCGGCGAAGCAGGCAGGGUCAACGCCUGCUCUGUCCCCGCUGUCAGUGGUGCUGGCAGUGCUGGUGCUGGGCGUUGCGGUGUGGAUGGGUGCGCAGUGGUGGUGCAGCACAACCCUCAACAACCGACCGCACAGCAACACAUCGCCAAGCGCUGACGGUGAUACAAGCAGCGACAGCGAGCAUGCCGGCGACAGUGACCCACCGUCGCUGAUCCAGCACGUGCUGGACACGCACAGCCGUGUGGACCCGGAGCACGAGCACAGCUCAGCCGUGUAUCCGCGCGCAACACUGGCAUACGUCACGCCAUGGAACAACAAGGGCUACGACGUGGCCAAGCGGUUCUUGGGCAAGUUCAGCCACGUCUCGCCCGUGUGGCUGCAGCUGAACGUGGACGGCGGGCGCUUCGUCGUCAAUGGCGAGCACGACAUAGACCUGGGCUGGGUGGCUGAUGUGCGGCGGCCGGCGCCGGGCACAAACCGCGUCGCCAAGGUUGUGCCCCGAAUCCUGGUGGAGGGCCCCGCCAUGAUGAGCGUCCUCAGCCCAAACAGAGACAAGCAACAGGAGGUCCUCAGCAAGCUCUUGGACGUGUGCUCGCGCAACAAGUUUGACGGCCUCGUGCUGGAGCUGUGGAGCAGGCUGCAGAUCUCGCCGGAGAUCCGGUCUGCGUUGACCCAGCUCGUGUCGUUCCUGGGCGACGGUAUGCGCCGCAACAACCUCGAGCUCAUCCUGGUGGUGCCGCCCGUGAGCAGCAGCUUUGGACACGCGGACUUUGACAAGCUCGCCUCCACGGUGAGCUACUUCAGCAUCAACACAUACGACUACUCGGCUGGCGGCACCGCGGGGCCCAACGCGCCGUACAAGUGGGUGCGGUCCACCCUGGAGACGCUGCUGCGUGCGACGCAGCGCGGCCGAGCCAAACCGGAGCAGCUGCUGCUGGGGCUCAACUUCUACGGCAACCUGUUCACGCCAGAAGGCGGCCGCCCCAUCCUUGGGCGCGACUUUGUGACCAUGCUCGCAGAGUCCAAGGACCACGUCACCAUGUCCUGGAACGAGGGUGCGCGGGAACACGUUGUGAAGCCUACGGCAAGCAGCCAACCAGUUGCGCUGUACUAUCCGACGGAGCGGUCCAUCCAGGAACGCAUUGCGCUUGCCAAUGAGCUUGGCGUUGGCAUUUGCAUCUGGGAGAUUGGCCAAGGCCUUGACUACUUCUACAACGUCAUCUGAUAUGGGGUCGGGAGGGGGGGGGUGUUCGUGUGUGUGUGUGUGUGUGUGAAUGUGUGUGAGUGUGUGUGAAUGUGUGUGAAUGUGUGUGAAUGUG